AUGGCCAGCUGGGUGUUCUGUAAUUACUGCUUCCAGUCGCCUAGAAGGACAUCGUCCUUCAGCCUGACCAGCUGUGGGCACGUGUACUGUGACGCCUGCCUCGGCAAAGGUAAAAAGGAUGAAUGCUUGAUUUGUAAAGUUCCUUGUCGUACAGUUUUGCUCUCAAAACAUACCGACUCGGACAUACAGGCUUUCUUCAUGGGCAUUGACGGACUCUGCAGGAAAUACUCCCAGGAGACCGCCCAGGUUUCAGAAUUUCAAGAAAAACACAGGAAGAGAUUGUUAGCCUUCUAUAGAGCAAAGAUCUCUCAGUUGGAAGAGUGCCUCAGGAAGUCGGCACUGCAGGUGGAGCAGCUGCAAAGUAUGAGAUCGUCACAGCACACGGCUUUCAGCACAAUAAAGAAUUCCAUUUCAACAAAGCCACGUGGAUGCCAGCUGCUGCCACCUCACUCCUCAGCCCCUGACAGAGUGGAGUCGAUGGAAGUUGACCUUUCUCCUUCCCCAAUGAGAAAACCUGAAGUAGCAGCUGGUCCCACAAGAAUCUCUUUGAUCAGUCCACCUCAGGAUGGACGCAUGGGCAGCGUCUCCUACCCAGGCCCUCCACAUCCCAGCCUGACACCCAGACAAGUGGGCAUGGCAGCGGCUCUCAGGGUCCCACCAGUGCAGAUGCCCUGCAAGGGAGCUUCGCCAGCUCCAGCGUCCUGGCGACCAAGCAGAGCGGCGCGAGGCGGCUCCCCCGUCGGUGGUGUCGCCCAGGCCCGGCCCCCCCGGCCGCCCAUCAGCAUCUCUGGCCUGCUGCAGAGACAGUGCCUAGGGUCUGCUCCCUUCGGGGGAUUGACACAUGGACGGUGAGCACAUCCCUGCCCUAUACCUGCCCAGCUCUGCUCUUCAGCAGCCCCAGCAYGUGCGCUCCACGGUGACUGUCUGUGCAGUUCUUUCUGGAUGCGGUGAUUAA